AUGGUGUUCCUUCAGGUCCUUACGACCAGCGUUGUCGUGGCCCUUCUUUGGGUGGUGACUGAGUCAAUCCGCCGUAUUUUCUUUCACCCUCUAUCCCAUAUUCCAGGUCCCCGCCUGGCCGCUCUGACCUGGUGGUACGAAUUCUACUACGAUGUUGUCCUCCCGGGCAAAUACAUUUUUAAGAUCCAAGAAUUGCAUCGCGAAUAUGGCCCCAUUCUCCGCAUCACCCCAGACGAGGUUCACAUCAACGAUGUUGGCUUCUUGGACACGGUCUAUGCUGGUUUGAGAGACAAGUACGAGUACCCAUUAAAGGCCCUGCGAGUGCCUGGAGGAGUAGGCGCCACAGCAGAUGCCAAGCUCCACAAGUUGCGCCGCGAAGCUCUCGUGCCCUUCUUCAGCAAACGCAAUGUUCUAUCCCUGCAGCAUCUGAUUACAGAAAAGGCCGACCAGCUAUCUGAGAUUCUCUCGAAGCACGCUAUAGAAGUGUCGCAAGCCAAUCUGUCGGAUCUCUUUUUUGCAUUUUCCAAUGACGUCGUGACCAACUUUCUGUUUGCCCACAAAACGAACAGCCUCGCAAAUGAGAGACAGGCAGGUAUAGCUCGGGAUAACAGCAGGCAACUCCUCUUGGGGGUCCAUGUUAAUAAGCAUUUUCCCUGGAUCCCGGGCUUCUUUGAGGCGCUACCGACCUCUAUCAGCAGGCCUUUGAUGCCCCCGGGUCUCAUUGAUAUGUUCAACCUAUUUGAUGUCAGUUUCCAUGUGUCAAUUCAGAUCUGUGUACCAUUUGCUGACCCACGGCAGAGAGUUCGCGGAGAAAUCUCCAGUAUCAUGAAAGCCCAGUCAACUGAGGCUGAUAUAAAAAGCGGGCGAAGUCCGACCGAAAAAGAAGCCGUCUACGAGUCUGUCCUGGUCAAUGAGUCCCUUCCACCCCAUGAAAGAACUUUGACCCGAUUGGAGCAAGAAGGCGCCCUCCUCGCCCUAGCCGGGACCGAGUCCCCAGCCCUAUCCCUCAGCAUAAUUUUCUACCACCUGCUUGCCAACCCGUCGAUUAUGAAUAGACUUCGCGCUGAGCUCGAAACAGUCCCAAUCCACGCUUCGUGGUCCCAACUAGAAAAGCUGCCUUACCUCAUGGCAGUCAUUGAAGAAGGCAACCGUCUUUCAUUUGGUGUGACAGCACGCAUUGGUCGUCGUGCACAUGAGGAGCUAAUUUUCACUCCGUCGCCUUAUGCCACUACUCUUGGUACCGGCAAAUCCUACAAAAUCCCUGCGCGUACGCCAUUGAGCAUAUCCACUCUUAGCGCACAUACCGCACAAUCCGUCUUUCCGGACCCAUUUACAUUCGACCCUGAACGCUGGCUUGGUGAGGCUGGUCGGGAGCGGAAGCGUUUCCAAAUGGCUUUUACCAAAGGAAGUCGUAAAUGCCUGGGAAUCGAGCUUGCCAAUGCUGAACUCUGUUUGGUGAUUGCGGCUUUAGUUCGCUCAUUUGACAUGACCCUUCAUGAGACCGACGCCAGAGAUGUCUCGUUCGAGCACGACUAUCAAAUCGCGAUGCCGAAGAUAGGAUCUAAAGGUGUUAGGGUAAAUGUCAAAAUCAGAGAUUAG